CGAUAUUCUAUUGCUGCAGCAGCCUUGUUUUUAGCAGCAAAAGUAGAAGAGCAACCACGUAAACUGGAACAUGUCAUCAAAAUGGCACACAUGUGCUUGCACCGAGAACAGCUGCCUGAUAGAUCAAAGCAAUACCUAGAACAAGCUCAAGAUUUGGUCUCUAAUGAAAAUGUCCUAUUGCAAACAUUAGGGUUUGAUUUUGCCAUUGAUCAUACUCAUACACACGUUGUUAGAUGUUGCCAACUCGUUAAAGCAAGCAAAGACCUGGAACAGAUGUCUCAUUUUAUUGCAUCUCAAAGUUUGCAUUUAACAACUAUAUGUCUGCAAUACAAGCCUACUGUAGUUGCCUGUUUCAGCACUCAUUUGGCAUGCAAAUAUUCCAAUUGGAAGAUACCUCAAAGUAAUGAAGGUAGACAUGAGUUUUGGCACGUUGAUAAAAGUGUUACUAAAGAGCUGCUGGCACAACUUACWGCAGAAUAUCUACAUAUAUUUGAUAGAUGCCUAUCACGAUKRAAAAAAAAGAYWWUGAGCGUUUCCGCUAAUCAGAGCCCGAAUUUAAAUCAUCAAAAUGUGCCUAACAACAAUUCAUUAUUUGAUGCUGAGCCACGAAAAGCUCAAUCUCCUGCAAAUACAGCAAAAGGGGGACCAACAUUUCAUUUCAAUCGGCCCCAUCAUUCCGAAAACCAAGAAGAUAGAAGACAACAACAAGGUCCUUCAACAAAUCUAAGACCACCUGUUGAUUAUCGUGAAUAUAUGGAGAAAAAAGAACGUGAACGUUUAGAGARAGAAAAGGCUGCUYYAMCUACAUCARCRAGUGGUCAUCAUAUUCAUGCAGUUGAUAUCAAUAAGCAUCAUUCUUCGCAACACCAUAAACAACCUGUGCCUGGAACUAGCAUGCCUAAUGAGCAUUCCGUUCCACCAGGRCCAAAAUCUACAAUGMAUCAUAAUCAUCAUCAUAGACAAGAGAUCAAAGKUAAUCCAUUAGUUCAGCAAAGWUAUUCUACUGGAAACAAACCGCGAGAACUUAAUCCUAAUUCUAACAGACAGAGGAUAGAAAGGGAAUACAAUUCUAGCAGUAGUUCAAAUAUCAAUAGUUCAGUGCAUACUCAUAGUCAUAAUCUACAUCAAGGAAAAGAURCAAAUGCAGACAAUGCUUUACMAGAUAAUACAUCACACAGAUCUGACAUUGCUACAUUACAAGACAAUCUAARUAAUAAUAAUCAUAAUUUACAGAGAAUAAAUACAAUGGACGGAAAAAAUCAACUAAACGACAAAAGGGUCUUUGAUUCUAGGCAUAAACCUGUAGUCCAUAAAAGAGACGCAGAUCAGAAAGAUUACAAUAAGUAUCCUGAUUCAUCAAGAGAUAGACUACGAAAAUCUGAUUCUUUGGAAAAGAGAUCCGCAGAAGUAAGGAAGAUUAUAGAAAAACCUUUAWUAUUUCCAAAACCAGCAUUUGAUGUGCAACAUGCUGCUAAUUUACAAAAACCAUCUUAUCAUUGUAAAUAUAGUAAAGCGGAUAAACCACAACGAAGCAUCAGUGCGUUCAUAAGUGAUAUCAAAUCAACCAGUAUGCCUCAAAAUACGUUCACUCAAGAAARAUCUUUGACAAACCCUGCAUCUUCUUUAUCACAAAUUCCUCAGAAAAGCAUAUCUUCUAAAUUUAUUGUAAGUMAACAUUCGGCUUAUGGUGUUUCGAAAACAUUAAAAGAUUCCAUCAAGAUUGGAAACUCUCAAUCCUUGUGUUUAACAACUUUAAAUAACAUUAGUGUUUCGAAAGCUGAAAAACGACAACGAAAUGACGAAUUGGUCGAUCAACAAUCAAAUUUAUUGCCAGCAGCACCACCAGUGACCAAGCACAAAUCGUUGUUUAGCCCAGAAGAAGUGAAAGCAAGUCAAGAGUCGUCGCACUCUCAGAGGCCUAAAUCGAUACGAGAAACGCUACCGGAUGUUAAAGUUCCUAAACAAGACCGUGCACCAGAGGCUCUAACCGGUCGUAAUAUAGCGACAUCAUUCACUAGUCCACAAAAUCUACAUCAAGCUGAAUCGAUGGCGAUGAAGCGUUCCAGUAGCGAUUUGUCAGGGAUUGUUCAUAAAAGACUUCGUACUAUAAGUUCUAGUGAGAAUGAACCUCAAGCAAAAGUGAAAAUAGAAGGUGCAUCAAGUGUACAGGCCAUGAAGAUGCAUAGUAAUAUACCAGACAUUAUCGAGCCAAUUAGAGAUAAUCCAUCAUCGAAUGGUAGAAGUACUUUGGUAUCUAGUGAAUUACAA